ACGAUGGGCAGUAAUGUUCACCUGUUUGGUCACACGAGGAGUUCACAUCGAGGUUGUGGAGUCUCUCUCUACUUCAAGUUUCAUAAACGCGCUCAGAAGGUUCCUGGCCAUAAGAGGACCCACCAAACUUUUCCGUUCAGAUUGUGGAACGAACUUUGUAGGAGCAUGCAAGGAGCUUCAGAUAAGUUCAGACCCAGAGCUUCAAUCCUACCUCAAAAAGGAGGCAUGCACUUGGAAGUUUAACCCACCUCACUCUUCUCACAUGGGAGGGGUGUGGGAAAGAAUGAUUGGUGUGGCUCGACGUAUCUUGGAUGCUAUGAUGCUGAAGGUUCAUUCUCCAAAUCUGACUCAUGAAGUACUUGUGACGCUCAUGGCAGAGGUAACAGCCAUAAUGAAUGGUCGUCCAUUAGUACCUGUGUCAUCUGAUCCUCAACAACCUGAUUUACUGACUCCAGGGGCUCUUCUCACUCAGAAAAUCUGUCCCGCUUCUAUUCCUCCUGGGGACUUCGAUCCAAAAGACUUGUACCGGAAGCAAUGGAAACAGGUGCAAAGUCUGGCUAACUCAUUCUGGAAACGAUGGCGAGAAGAGUAUCUUGCUACCCUUCAACCAAGAAGAAAAUGGCAAGCAGAUCAACCAAACUUAGCCAUUGGUGACGUUGUCCUCUUAAAGGACUCUCAGGUCAAAAGAAACGAAUGGCCUACUGGACUUAUUGUGAACAUUUAUCCUGGGAGAGAUAAAAGAGUACGUAAAGUAGAUGUCCGCAUAGUUAAAGAAGGUACUCCUAAGGUGUACUCUAGACCUGUUUCGGAAAUUGUGUUAUUAGUAAAGGGUUAAUAGUGUAAUAGUAGUAUUCCAGGCGGGGAGUGUACUGCCCAUUGUGAGAAGAGGUAUUUGGGUUUUGAGUUUCUUGUGUUUUGUCCACUCAGAGUUUCCGUAGCUCAGUUGUUCUCAUAACAUUUCCCCUGCAAGUCGAUCUCCAGAGUGUUAAAGUUUCUGAACUGUCAUUUUGGUCUCUGACGAAUAUCUGUCUUUUUACAGUCCUUUCAGUAAAACACCACAAUACAGCAAGAAGCUUCUGGUACUUUAUUGGAAACUGUUAGCUAUCUGUAAAGCUAGUUUAUGCACACUAGUGAAGGCAGAAUAGU